UAACAUUGCAUCAGCCACGGAGUUACAAUACAGCAAUAUAUAGCAAAUUGUCUCACAGUUCAAUCAGGCGUUCUCGGGAACUAAGAACUCGCUGUCGGAGACCUAAGUAUAGCAGGUUUCAAAUACAGAAUAAUGACUUGACAGAAGUGAGUAGUACCGUUGCUGCAACACCCACGAUCAUCACACCAUCACCACCAUGGGGGACAUGAGAGAGACUGACAGCAUCAUCCAGGACGGAGUUGCAAGCCCUGGGGAUAAAGAUGCACCCAAGGUCGUUAUUGAGUCCAAAGUGCAGAUGAAACAGUCCAUGAACCUGUUUCACUGUACAGCUCUCCUAGUGUCCAUCACCGGCCAUUCAGCAGUCUUCAUUGCGCCAUCGACCAUCGUCAAGUUUUCAGGCUCAGUUGGGAUGUCUCUAGUGGCCUGGAUGGUGGGAGGGUUGAUCAAUCUCAGCCUGGCCUUGUGUUUUACCGAACUUGGCACCAUGAUGCCUAAAGCUGGUGGACCUUACGCUUUCAUCUACAGCACAUUUGGCUCUCUUCCUGGAUUCCUGGUUCUCUGGGGUUACAUUGUGCUCAUUUCUGGACCCUUCUGGGCCUUCCAGUCCAAGACAGCGGCAGUGUAUGUCGUGAAGGCCAUAUUCCCGGGAUGUGAUAUUCCAGAAAUGGAAUGGGGUAUCAAAAUGCUCGCAGCAUGGAUUAUAGUGACUUUGGUGACUCUCAACUGCGUGUACAUGAAGUAUGUGACACGGGUGCAGACGUUUCUCUCCAGCACCAAGAUGCUAGCCCUGCUUAUCAUCAUAGCGGGAGGUAUUGCCAUGUUUGCUAAAGGAAACACAGAAUAUUUUGAGAGUCCCUUUGAAGACACAUCCACAGAUGCAGGAGAUUUGUCACUGGCGAUCUUCUUCUCGCUGUUUGGCUAUGGUGGCUGGCAAGUACUGCUGUCCCUGUCUGAGGAAGUGAAGAACCCAGGAAGAGUUCUCCCUUUGUCGGUGUUCUCGGCGUUCUUCAUCGUCAUCCUGAAAACAGUGCUGGUCAAUGUCGCCUACUUCACACUGAUCUCUCCAGCAGAGAUGGCCGCCUCCAGAGCUGUUGGGCUGCUGUUUGUUGAAAGGCUGUAUCCGCCAUUGGUGCCUGUGAUAUCAUUCCUCGUUGGAACCAUCACAGUCGGUGCUUUGAAUGCAGGGAUUCUAGGACAUUCCAGACUGCUGUUUGCUGGCUCCAGGGUGGGGCAUGCUUCAACUUUGUUUGGGAUGAUCCACCAGAAGUACCUGACCCCUGGACCCUCCAUCGUGGUUCUGGCAGUAUGGUCCCUGGUGAUGUUGUUUGUUGGCGGGUUCACCACAAUGAUGCGCUACAUUACCCUGUUCUCCAAUGCAAUGAGUUUGGGUGUUGUUGUUGCCUUGCUGUAUCUCCGCUGGGUGAAGCCCCACGAACCACGCCCAUACAAGGUGCCAUUGUUUGUGCCUAUAUUACAAGUGUUUGUUGUCCCGUUCAUCCUGGUGCUGGCGGUGUAUCAGAACCCCGUGGAGAUGGGAACUGCUCUGCUUAUCCUGUCUGUAGGUGUGCCAACAUACUUCUUGGUCACCUGGACACAUAAGCCAAGAUUCAUGACAAAAUUUAUAGAUAAUUUCACAGUUGCCGUCCAGAAGUUAUUUUUUGUUGUGAAAACAUCAUAGUGUCCGGCAUAUAUUUUAUGAACAUAUGUAGUGUUCAAUUGUUUUAACUGCGCACAUACAUGCAUUUAAAUCCAAGACAACAGCUCUCCAUGAUCUUAACAGGCCAAAGUGUAGCUUGUAAAGCCACUAGUUAUAGAGUCAGUCAUUACAACCAUCACAAUAUACUCUUAUACACAAUAUUGCUUCACACCUUUUAAUGAGGCUGUUACAUAUAUGCUGUUAUAGUAUUUUAAGUUAUCUUUAUGAUGACAAUACUCUUAUAUACAAUAUUAUUUCACAGUUUUUAAUUAUGAUGUUAAAUAUAUACUGUUCUAGUACUUUAAGUUG